AUGGCAUCUAAUCGUCCUCCAUUGCCAAUUUAUUCUCAUCUUAUCACACCAGCUCGUCGUACAAAUACAUUUCAAGGUGGUCAACGACCAUCAAAUGUCAUUAAAUUAGCAUCAUCAACAAUAUCAUUAAAUGAAGGUGAAACACCUUUAAAUAAAACACAUGUAUUUUCUCCUAUUGUUAAUUCACAAUCACCAUCAUCAUCAAAUGAUCAUCUACUAAAAUAUGAUAUUCGAAGAUUACGUGCUAGUCUUGAACGUAAAGAAGAACAAAUUAGUUGGUGGAUGGAAAAAUCAAAAAAUGAUAAUGAGAAAUUCGAAGCUCUGAAAUCUAGAUUAGAACAAACAAAUCGUCAAAAUGAUACAACAUUACAAUGUGUUCGAUCGACACUUGAUGGUUUAACAUAUAUAAAUCGAUCAAUAAAUAUUAUAUUUAUGCAAGAAGAUAAAGAAAAUAAAUUGUAUGAUGAUGAACAAGAAGAACUAAAUGAAGAAAAUCUUGAUGAAAAUAUUUCUCUUGUACUUUUAUCACGUUUAAAUGAUAUUUGUAUAAAACUAGCCAAAAAUAUUGAUUUACUUCUUCGUACACCACUUUCUUCUGGUGUAUCAUCAAUAAAACAUUCUCAUCCUGUUCAACGACAUGAAUCAAAUGCUUCAUCUAUAUCAAAACAAUCUACUGAUGAUAUUCAUGAUACAACUAAUAUUGUUUAUGAAGAAAUUAUUGAUAAACUUAAUAAUGAUCUUGAAUCAAUGAAAAUUCGUCUUGCGGAACAAGAACUUCGAACAGAAAAUCUUGAAGAAGAAUUAAAUCAAUGUAAAUCAGCUCAUUUAUCAGCAAAAAUAACAUUUGAUACACAAGAAAAAAAACUUCAAGAGCAAUUAACACUUAAAGAUAAACAAAUUAUAUCAAUUGCGACAAAUGAACAUGAUGUCCUACGACAAGUCUUAGAUGAAAAAACUACCGCAUUCGAACGUUUAAACGGUAUUUUAAAACCAAAAAAUUCUUCUUUAUCUUUUUUUUUUCUAAUUAUUACAGAGGAGUAUGAAUUACUUAUGACUAAAUAUCAAAGUGAAUAUAAUCGAAAUGUUGAUUGUAUGAUAAAAACUGAUGCAUUACAUGAACAUAUUCGUUUAUUAAGUGAAACAUUAGCUGCAAAAGAAAUCAAUGAAGAAAAACUAACAACACAACAACAACAAAUGAAAAAACUAAUGACAUUACUUAUUCCAAUAACACCAUCUUCAGCAAUAAAUAAAAAACAAAAUGAUAAACAAACAUUUGGUCGUAAAGUUAAACGACAUCUUCGAGAAUCAUUUUCAUCGCUUGUUAAUCACAAACCAACGUCAAACAAUCAAUAA